AUGAUUGGAGACAGUGAGAAUUUCAGAUUAAUGUUCCGCAGCCAAAAAAAAAAAAAAAACCUCUGGAAAGCUGGCAAGUGUUCAUAAGUCAGCCCUAGAAUUAUGUAGGUUGAAGGCUCCCAGUGGACAGACCGAAUAUAUAAGAAGGAAACCAGAGAUCUGGUGCUAUUACGUCCCUGAGACUAAGGGAACGAAUAAGCACAGAAUUCAAAGCAUUCUUCAGCUUGAAUUUUUAAGGGGUGCACUUAGAAACUAGGCAUGCUGAUUUAUGAUAACUAAGGUUUAAACUCCAACAACCAAAGGUGUAAGAAUUAGGUGCUGCUGACAUUUCAACAUGAAGGGCAACUUCACUCUUGCCACCAUCAGCAGAAACAUUACCAGCAGUCUUCAUUUUGGGCUUGUGACCAUCUCUGGCAAUGAGUCUGCCUUUAACUGCUCACAUAAGCCAUCAGAUAAGCAUUUAGAUGCAAUUCCUGUUCUCUACUACAUUAUUUUUGUGAUUGGGUUUCUUGUCAAUACUAUUGUGGUUACAUUGUUUUGUUGUCAAAAGGGUCCUAAGAAGGUUUCCAGCAUUUACAUCUUCAAUCUGGCUGUGGCUGACUUACUGCUUCUGGCUACUCUUCCUCUCUGGGCAACCUAUUAUUCUUACAGAUAUGACUGGCUCUUUGGACCUAUGAUGUGUAAAGUUUUUGGUUCUUUCCUGACCCUGAACAUGUUUGCGAGUAUUUUUUUUAUCACUUGUAUGAGUGUUGAUAGGUACCAGUCUGUCAUCUAUCCCUUUCUGUCUCAAAGAAGAAAUCCCUGGCAAGCAUCUUAUAUAGUUCCCCUUGUUUGGUGUAUGGCCUGUCUGUCUUCAUUGCCAACGUUUUAUUUCCGAGAUGUCAGAACCAUUGAAUACUUAGGAGUGAAUGCUUGCAUUAUGGCUUUCCCACCUGAGAAAUAUGCUCAAUGGUCAGCUGGGAUUGCCUUAAUGAAAAAUAUCCUUGGUUUUAUUAUUCCUUUAAUAUUCAUAGCAACGUGCUAUUUCGGAAUCAGAAAACACUUACUGAAGACCAAUAGCUAUGGGAAGAACAGAAUAACCCGUGACCAAGUCCUGAAGAUGGCAGCUGCUGUUGUUCUGGCGUUCAUCAUUUGUUGGCUUCCCUUCCAUGUUCUGACCUUCCUGGAUGCUCUGGCCUGGAUGGGUGUCGUUAAUAGCUGUGAAGUUAUAGCAGUCAUUGACCUGGCACUUCCUUUUGCCAUCCUCCUGGGAUUCACCAACAGCUGCAUUAAUCCCUUUUUGUAUUGUUUUGUUGGAAACCGGUUCCAACAGAAGCUCCGCCGUAUGUUUAGGGUUCCAAUUACUUGGCUCCAAGGCAAGAGAGAGAGAGUGUCGUGCCGAAAGAGCAGUUCCCUUAGAGAAAUGGAGACCUUUGUGUCUUAAACAUGAGAGUGGAAUGCAUGUUAUCAACACGGCUACUUGGUUUGAGGUCCCCUUGAAUUAUCUUUUAAUGGCUUCAGUAAAAUAAUGUUUUUUUCCCUUAAUGUAAUCUUUUCUCACUCUUCUAGAACAGGGAACCAAAUGUAACUGUAAGUUUUAUCCUCCAGUGACGUUCAGGAAUUGCCUAAUUUUUUUCUGAUCAAUCAGUACAAGACUGCCACUGGGGAGACAUAUUCAUAACCUAGAAGUAACUAGGGGUUGAUCUCAAAUUAUAAUUAAUAACAAAUUGUGAAUUGUGAUUUGGGGUUUCAGAUUUCUCCUUGACAAAUGCUGGAGUUUUUGUUUACUGAUUUUUAUAUUCAUUUUCAUCAGGCUUUCUUCUUGAACCAAGGCCAGUCUCUUAACUUGUUGCGUUAUUUACAAGGCGUCAUGCUAAGAGACAUGAGCACUUCUAAGUGAACUUUACUACAAUAGAUUGGUACCAGAUUAUUCAGGCUCUAGCCACAUGCCUUCUACUUUAAAAAAUAUUAUAAAUAAUAAUCCUUUUACAUUUCACUUGAGCAUAGGUUUAUAUUUAAGAUAUAGCUACAGAUUGAGUAGGGCUAGGAAUAUAGAUAAGAUCACGUGUACUCCUACAUUUUAGCUUAUUUUUACAGUUAUUGAAAGUAAAAUGUAUAGUAACAUAGAUAUAUAAUUAACAAAUAUUGUGUUCACUAAACUCUGAAUAAGCACUUUUUAAAACUUUCUAUCCAUUUUAACUGUUGUUUAAAGGUUUCUAUGUUCUCUGUUAAUUUUUUGAUAACAAUAACUAAACACUGUGUAGUGUUAUAAAAUGUAAAGGUCACUUUUUACAUCCUUGACCUUUUGGAUGUGGUGCUUUGAUAUAUAAUAAGUUGACUUGACUUUUAUUAUUGAUGCUUUGGUUCUGAAUUGCUUCCCAAAAUAUCUGGGUGGCUUCUAUAACUCUUUAACUUGUAAUAAACCUUUAACUGGCAUAGGAAAAGUUAUGCCAGAACAGAAUUUUGAUGCUCAAGGAGGACAAAGAGAUCAGCAAAUGACAAGUUUGGUGUCAUGCAAAAAUCCUUCUUGUCAGGGCACUGCAAUGUGGCUUUGAAAAUAUAGACCAUAGGGCAGUCUUAACAUAUAUCUAUGGAUGCUGUUUGUUCCAGAAUUUAUAGGAUGCUGUGGAACUCUUUUAAACCAGUUGCUGGUCUAUAGAUCUCCUUCUCAACACUAUUAGAACUCCUAAGUUAAAGGAGUACCUGAAACUGACUGAGUUACCUAGAGUUUACUUAGAGCAUGAUUGCUAGUUUUAGAAGUUAGAGAUUUCAUUCUGCACCAGCCCACGUAAUAGCAGGUUAUCUAGGACCUUCCUAGACCAAUGCUGACCUCUGAGGUCGAAAUAAAGUCUCGGAGGCUGAGUGACCCUGCCAGGUCCCAGGGCUAUAGAACGAAGAAUCCUCUUGAUCUGCUUUCUGGGAAAAUCUUAAUAUCAUGUAAUCUAUUGUUAUCGCUAAAAACAAAUAGCUAAAUGUAUAACCAAC